AACCCAGAAAGGGCUGAGAAGCCGUCUUCCUUUUUCUAAAGCUCCUUCAAAGCUGACACACAGAGCAGAGCCUAAGCGUCUGAGCCCAGCGGGGUGCCCAGGGUGAGCAGAAUCCAUGGAGAAGUUCAAGGCGGUGCUGGACCUGCAGAGCAAGCAUAGCAGCGCCCUGGGCUACGGCUUGGUGACCCUGCUGACGGCGGGUAGCGAGAAGAUCUUCUCCGUGGUGGUGUUCCAGUGUCCCUGCAGCGCUACCUGGAACCUGCCCUACGGCCUGGUGUUCCUGCUGGUGCCAGCGCUGGCGCUCUUCGUCCUGGGUUGCGCGCUGAGCGCUCGCACCUGGCGCCUGCUCACCGCUUGCUGCUCAGGGAGCCGGAAUUCCAGCUCCUGGUCGCACAGCGCGUUCGUGUGCUUGCAAAUCACCGCGGCCGCCUCUGUCCCGGCCGUCACCUGGGUGGCGGUAGCGCUGCUCGGGGGCUCCUUCUACCAGUGUGCUGUCAGCGGGAGCACAUACAUGGCCAAGCGCCUGUGCGGGGAUCUAAACGACAGCUGCGUCGGCAACCUAUCGCAGGUUCCCUGCAACAAGCAGGAGAUGGAGGAGAUGCAGGACAUCCUGAGUCAGCUCAAGGCUCAGUCUCAGGUGCUGGGCUGGGUCCUGAUAGCAGCCGUCAUCGUUUUACUUCUGGCUUUUAAGUCUCUCAUUCGAUGCUUCUCCCCGGUUAGUUAUCUGCAGCUACAAUUCUGGGAAAUAUAUAUGGAAAAGGAGGAGCAGAUCCUUCAAAAAGAAGCUUCGGAGAAUGCGACCCAGUUGGCAAAAGAGAACGUUAGGUGUUUCUUUGAGUGCAGUGAUCCAAAGGAAUGCAAAACCCCAAGCAGUGAAGCGUGGCAGCACAUUUCGGCACUGUACACUUUCAAUUCCAAGGACCAGUUCUACAGCAUGCUGCAUAAGUAUGUUACUAGACAGAAGACGGAUGGGGAUCGUAGCUCUAUGGAAGAAGAUGCAUCGGUCCCUGCCCUUGGCUUUGUAGAUGAAUCUAAGAUCACACACUCGUAGGGUGUGAUCUUACAAAUGAACAGGGAGAAAAAUCGUUUUAAAUUGUUUCAUAUAAAAAAUAUAAACAUUAGCAUGUUU